AUGAAGAGGGGUGUGAAUGAGGAGGACCUCUUCGUGGACGUGGGCCUGAUAUACUCGCAGCAGUAUCUGGUCGUGAGGAUCCCAGGGGGAUACGUGUUGGGAAUUUCGUGUGUUUAAGGGUACCACCGGUGCAGUCACGGGGACCCUUUAGGCGUGGUUGGAGCGAUGAUGAGGCUUGCGUGCGUGCUGCGCGCUUCUUCUUCCCUCUCUCUCUCCACCGCCACC